UAGCGUUUAGUUGGUUUUCGCAGCCGCUGUUGGGCUGUUUCCAUUGAGUAAAGUCGCGGCGCGCGUGAGGCUUCGAAUUGAUUGUAGUUGGUUGGCUGCUGGUUUGGUUUUUUUUUACUGCUGCAGAGCAACGUUACUACUAGAAGUUGAGGCGUUACCUUAGUGGGAGGGGAUAUUCAUCGACGAGAGUCCCCCAGAAGUACUAAAAUUUUGGAAGUGAGCCCCGAUCAUCGGUUGUUGUGACCUUAGGGUGGCAUUUUUUCUGCAUAAAUACGUCUAAUUCGUGCUAUUGUUGGAACCGAUUAAAAAUGUGGUGAAGAAUAGCUGAAGAUACGUCGAUAACUUUGAACAGGUGGAUUUAGUGCCAAACAGCCCAUUCGUUAUCAUUCCGGUGGCGUGCGCGUGAAAAGUGUUGACAAAGUGACGAUAGUAGAUCAUUUAAUUGGGCCAUAAACAAGUGUUUUACGAGCAUAUGCUCAGUGGGCUACCGAUUAGUAGACCUACUGGAACAAAUCGCAAAAUAGUGCCUCGAUAAAGUGCGUGGUGAAGAAUUCAACUCAAUCGGCUCAACAACAUGACGGAGAGUCAUCGAUCAACGCUGGCAAAAUCACGCUGGAGUCAUAUGAUGUACUCACCACUGCUGCUGCUACUGUGCUGCGGUCUGGUGGCUCGAGGGCAAAUUACUAGACGCUUCCCGGCCGACUUUCGGUUCGGCGUCGGCUCGUCUUCCUAUCAGAUCGAGGGAGGUUGGAACGAAGGCGGCAAGGGCGAAUCGAUCUGGGAUCGUAUGACCCACCAGCAUCCGGAGAAAAUUGCCGACCGCAGCAAUGGCGAUGUCAGUGCCGAUAGCUAUCACAAUUGGCGACGAGAUGUCGAAAUGGUUCGAGAGCUCGGAGUUGACAUCUACCGAUUUUCGUUGUCGUGGCCUAGGAUUCUACCGAGUGGAUUCGUGAAUAGCGUCAGUAAAAAUGGAAUCCGAUACUAUGGUCGAUUGAUCGAUGAGCUGCUGAAGUACAACAUAACACCUAUGGUGACACUCUAUCAUUGGGAGCUACCUCAGAGGCUGCAAGAUUUGGGUGGAUGGUCUAAUCCGGAGAUGAUUCACUACUUCAAGGACUAUGCUCGGGUAGCCUUCGAGCAGUUUGGAGAUCGAGUCAAGAUCUGGACUACAUUCAAUGAGCCGUGGCAUGUUUGUGAGCAGGCUUACGGAAUCGACUUCAUGGCUCCAGCUCUUGAUUAUCCUGGUAUUCCAAGCUAUCUCUGCGCCCAUAACUUGCUCAAAGCUCACGCUGAAGCCGUCCAUAUGUAUCGAAGGCAGUUCCAGCCCAAACAACAUGGUUCAAUCGGGAUAACAACAGACAUUUCCUGGCCAGAACCUGCAUCCUCAAGUGAAGACGAUAAGGCUGCCUCGGAAUUAAGUCUCCAGUUCUACAUCGGUUGGUUCGCCCAUCCAAUUUUCUCCGAGACCGGAAACUAUCCGCAGGUGAUGAUCGACCGGAUUGGAGCUCUCAGUCGGCAGCAAGGUUUCCCUCGGUCUCGGCUCCCAACGUUCAGUCCGGAAGAGGUCGAUCGGAUUCGGGGAACGGCCGACUUUUUCGGUAUCAAUUCGUACACUUCGGUGUUGGUGCGUAAGAACGAUCGGAACAAUUCGGCCCAGUUUCCGGUGCCAUCGUUCAAUCACGAUAUGGGUGUGGUGGAGUCGGCGGAUCCGAGUUGGCCCAAAAGUGGGUCGGUGUGGUUGCAUGUUGUGCCAAUGGGAAUGAACAAGCUGCUCAAUUGGAUCCGCAAGGAAUACCGGAACCCACCGAUCUACGUGACGGAAAACGGUGUCAGCGAUCGAGGCGGCACCAACGAUCUGAAGCGCAUCGACUACUUCAACUCGUACCUGGAAGCCGUGCUGGACGCCAUCGAAGACGGUUGCAACGUGCAGAUGUACAUCGCCUGGAGUUUGAUGGACAGUUACGAGUGGAAGGCCGGCUAUACUGAAAAGUUUGGACUGUACCACGUGGACUUCACCAGUCCCAAUCGCACGAGAACUCCCAAGGCAUCGGCCAAGGUGUACUCCAACAUUGUUCGAACCCAUCGGAUAGAUUGGAGCUAUCGACCUGCCCCGGAAGUUAUGAUCCAAGCUCCGUCGCCCUAUCGAUCUACCGGUGGAGCGCUUGUUCCUGUGAUAUUCCUGAUGAUUACUGCCGUCGCAUUUGCACUCAAGUUUACCUACUGUAGAUAGAUAGGGGAAGGCCGCUGGAGAGACAGGGACGUGAUAGGUCGUGAAUCUCAAAGUGCCGAUAUAGUAUUCUUUAAUGUAUUUUAGGCAGUAAGGAAACCGAAGUCAUGUUGUUUAAACCAUUGAAUAUACCUAAUUUGUUAUGUGUAAAAUGAGGAAACCGUAUUUAAACCGCUCGUAAGUUCCAAUCGAAAGAAUAAAAACAACAUUUUUU